GCAUGUAUCACAAAGUAAUAAAAAGGUAUCACCUGUGUUGUCUAAUUAAGCUAGCAUAGCAUAGCGGUUUCAAAUUACAGCAUAAUUUAGGUGUAUUUAGGGUAUAACGGUUUGUUUACUGUCUAAUAAAGAACAUAUUAUUUCUAGAUUCGGUCUAAUUUGAUACAAAGUACAGUUUAUUACAUCUUAUUAGUGUACUGUAAAAUAAUGUGUGAACGAAACAUUUUCUGUUGAAUGUAAACUUGAGAAGUCUGACUGCACUAAAACUAGAGAGAUUAUUUACUGGUGAAAAUCAGCUGGUUUAGCUGAAGUCAAGCAACUUUAUGUUUGAUUAACGCAAGAAAUUUGCAUCCUUCUCAUUGCAUAUGAUUAGAUGACAAUAAACCUAAAUCUUGUUAUCCUUAAAAUGCAUAAAACAGCAGAGUAAAGAAAUGACCUGCCAUUAAACUCCAGGCUCAGUAAUAAUGACCCUUCAUUUACUCAGUCCUUGAGUUCAUUUUCUCUGCUCACUGUUCCUGCGCCAAAACAUGUGAUGGAGAUGAGGCCCUGAAAUCAAUACCUCUUGGAAACAAAUUCAUCGUUGACACCCUCAUCUGCCAACUCGCACAUCCCACCCAUUUUCACGUCCCCAUUCCUAAUCCAUGAUUAAAACACGCACAGCAUUUAGAUUGCUGGGACCCUUCGCUUUUAAUUAAAGCAAGCCUGCUAAUGCAAAGUGAACCAAGCUUUAGAGCCUGCAUUAACAGUCUUUGUAAUGGGCCCCCGGCUCAUAAAUAAUGGCUGUGCUGUCAUGAGGAACCUGGGAAAGCCAUUAAGAGAUAGUGAGAGGUAUCAGCAUGUGUGGCAGCAGGCAGGCAGACAGACAGAGGGGACGAGGCCGGGCGCUGUGAUGGUUACAGGUCUGCCAGGAGUAACCUUGGCAAAGCAGAGGCCUCUACACCCCCGUUUCCCCGUUCACUUUCUCCCCAUCACAACCAAGGCAUUCCUGCUGACCUUUGGCUUCUCUGGAGGUCAUUUCUGGCCACGGUGCUUUCAGCUUUCCCAGCUCCAGAAUUUACUAUUGAUCCGUUUGUUUUUCGUUCUGAAUAUAGCAGGGCACAAUGAUGGCGGUUUUGCUCUAUUUUAGUCACCCUCCUAUCCAUUAUUAAUGAAGCUUGUUGCCAGGAAAGCUUACAAACAUAACUUCUGUAACAAGAAUUACAAGGCAGAAAGUGACUUUAUGAUAUGCUGUUGCAUAAAGCUCAGAAAAGACACUUGAAUAAGACAGAUGUCCCCUCAAACAUGCAAGUACUGUCACAGUAAUGCCAUCAGUUACUGUACUUAAAAUAGUUCUCAUGUUAAGGUCAGUCAACCUUACUGUAUAAUAGUCUAAUCUUGCUAAAAUAAAAUAAGAUAUGCAAAACAGGAUGCACUAAAUGCUAAUUUGCCUAUAAUUUUGGCAUUGCAGUUUAAAAAAAAAAAUGAAACCAACUGACCAACAGCAGUGCAGCUGAACAAUGCUGGAGAUGUGUACCCCUUUAAAUUGCCCACACUGCAGAUAAGGUAAGGAGUGGUAAGCUACAGUGCGGAUGGAGAGCGCGUUUUUUCGCCCUUGCCUUCUUCGUGUCUCUUGGUAUGCAUAGCAAUGCCCGAAUGCAGGUUUGACUAAGCUUUAUAGACCAGCCCAGCGGCCACUGACAUAUUUCACCCAUAAAUGUUUCUUUCAUCUGAGAAACAAGUCUCUCACCUCCUGCCGAGCUGAGACCAUGCAGGACAAGUAACGGCUGCUUUACAUUUAUCUGGGUGUGUGUGUGGGGGGGGUCUCGCUCAGUCUAAUUGCAUAAUCUUGGAGCCCACUAUGGAGGGCGAUUCUUUCAUGCAUGUCGUGUCAAGUCAGUGUCUGAAGACGCUGCUCAUGUAGGCUAUUAGGAGACUCACAGAAGUGUCUCUGUGCAGUAAGCGUUGGGACGCACUUGACUCAUGGCUUGGAUGUUGUCUUAUGUGGCGGGUGCACGCCUUAAUAAGAAAUAAAAAUGUAGUUUGGCUGGGUGACGCAUGAAUAGGUUAAAUUUUCUGAGCGGCAGAUUUAUUCUCACACUGAAAUGAAAAGAGGAGUCAUUAUUGAUGCAUAUAUCCCAGAACGCGUCUAAUUAUUAAAUCUUGUUAAUAAGAUUAUCUUUUUUUAAGCUCUCUCCUCUCCUCCACGCCUUGCUUGUUUCUCCCUUUGCAGAUGUUGCCUCUCUGAGCACCAUUUACCUUUGCGGCUGUCUGCAGCCACAGCUCGUCACAUUGUCACACUGGCGUGUAGGGGAACAGUGGAGGCAGAUCAUUCUGCUGAUCCCAGCACCUUUGGUUAUUUAGGGAAGAACCAGCAGCUCCUUGAUCGGUUCCCUCCUCCCUUUUUGCCAAUCGCCAUCCCGCGACAGCCUACCCGGAGGAAAGGAGUCGGGGAGGGGAAAGCGAGGACACACCCGCACUUACUGUACCCGGUGUACACGCCGAGGAUGCUGCAGACAACAUUAGGUGAAUAUCAUCGACUGCCCCAAAUUGGAUUUUUUUUUUUUUAACACGCUCUGAAGACAGAAGACCUGAUUGUCGCAGCUGGUUAUUGACCUUCUUGGUGUCAGUGUCCAGCAGGAGCAUCACCUCACAUCAGAUAUGAAAAAUAUGUCUGCAGUCAGAUCCUAGGUGACAUCCUGUGGCCGUCAGGUCUUUACGGCGUUGAGCCCCCUCCCUCUCCUGGCCCCUGCCUGCAGUUCUCCAGGCUGCAGGACCCAGACUCACUGAAAAGUGCAGGCCUCCUCCCCCUGCAUAAUGACUGUUGCCACAGGCGACCCCUCUGACGAGGCGGCUGCACACCCAGGGCACCCGCAGGACUACGACCCGGAGGCCGACCAUGAGUGUUGUGAGAGGGUGGUCAUCAACAUCUCAGGUCUGCGCUUUGAGACUCAACUCAAAACCCUCUCACAGUUCCCAGAGACUCUGCUGGGGGACCCCAAAAAGAGGAUGCGGUACUUUGACCCGCUGAGGAACGAGUACUUUUUCGACAGGAACAGACCCAGCUUUGACGCCAUAUUGUAUUAUUACCAAUCAGGGGGCCGGCUAAGAAGGCCGGUCAACGUCACUCUUGAUAUUUUCUCAGAGGAGAUUCGCUUCUACGAACUGGGCGAGGAGGCCAUCGAGAUGUUCAGAGAAGACGAGGGUUUCAUCAAGGAGGAGGAGCGGCCUCUUCCUGAUAAUGAGUUUCAGAGACAGGUGUGGCUGCUGUUCGAGUACCCAGAGAGCUCAGGUCCUGCUAGGAUUAUUGCCAUAAUCUCUGUCAUGGUCAUCCUGAUCUCUAUAGUCAGUUUCUGCUUGGAGACCCUUCCCAUUUUCCGCAAUGAUGAAGAUGACAUGCACAAGUCUCAUGCAACAGUCUUUUCACCUGAGACCAACACCACAAUCGUCAGCUAUACAUCCACCUACUUCACUGACCCCUUCUUUAUCCUGGAGACUCUCUGCAUUAUAUGGUUCUCCUUUGAGUUUCUAGUGCGCUUCUUUGCCUGCCCCAGCAAAGCAGGCUUUUUUGGUAAUAUAAUGAACAUUAUUGAUAUUGUUGCUAUCAUCCCUUACUUCAUCACUCUUGGCACAGAGCUAGCAGACAGGCCAGAGGAUGGUCAAGCGGGUCAGCAAGCCAUGUCUUUAGCCAUUCUCAGGGUCAUCCGCUUAGUACGAGUCUUCAGAAUUUUCAAGCUCUCACGUCACUCCAAGGGGCUUCAGAUUUUGGGUCAGACCCUGAAAGCCAGCAUGAGAGAGCUCGGCCUGCUCAUUUUCUUCCUCUUCAUAGGGGUCAUCCUUUUCUCAAGCGCUGUCUACUUUGCUGAAGCAGACGAGCCCGAGUCACAGUUCGAAAGCAUCCCAGAUGCGUUUUGGUGGGCUGUGGUGUCCAUGACAACAGUCGGCUAUGGUGAUAUGGUCCCAACUACGAUUGGUGGCAAGAUCGUGGGUUCCCUCUGUGCCAUUGCAGGUGUGCUGACCAUUGCCUUGCCAGUGCCUGUUAUUGUGUCCAACUUCAACUACUUCUAUCACCGUGAAACUGAAGGUGAAGAACAGGCGCAGUACCUGCAGGUCAGCGUGCCCAAAGCCGAUUCAGCCGAGGAGCUGAAGAAGAGCCGGAGCGGCUCCACCAUCAGUAAAUCGGACUAUAUGGAGAUCCAGGAGGCUGUGAACAACAGCAACGAGGACUUUCAGGAGGAGAACCUUAAGACGGCCAACUGCACGCUGGCCAACACAAACUAUGUAAACAUCACCAAAAUGCUCACAGAUGUGUAGUCAUCUGCUAUUUUCCUCCCCGUCACAGCGGGAAAUGUGGAGCUGAGCAACUGGACGGGACAGGUGUACAGCCUACCACCUCACACGUGCUGGAAAAAUCAAGGCAAUAGAAUUCAGGAUGUUGAUGAUGAUGAUGAUAGACAGUGAAAAAAAAAUAUUACAAAGACCAUCCACUCACUCCGCGCUCAUCCUGUCUUCACUCCUCACAACUUGCCCUUAAAACUCCUGAUAACUGUCAAACAGAGUGAAAUUUCAAAUUUUGCAUUUCUGCAUGGAGUUGGCUUUGUCUGUGUGGCUGUUUUAAAAAAAGAUAUAAGAAUACCUAAAAAUUCCCUGCUCAAAAUAGUAGCCAACAGUAGUGCACAAAAAGAAAAGAAAAAAGGGAGAAACACAGCAAGAAAAAAAAAUAUUUAUGGCUUUCAAAACAAAAAAAAAGCAACACAACACAAGCCCUGCUUUAGUCCCCUGUCCCUUGGUCACUCAUUUCCCAAGACACACUGCUCUGCCAUGCGCUUAUACUUGCGUGCUAUAUAUGCUGCUUCCUGGAGCCAAUGAAACAAAACUGUCUUAUGCUACACCAUUUAGAAAUAAGAGGAUGUGUAAGCAUAAAGCAAGCCCACUGCUGCGCUGAUAUGGCCUGUGGGUGACUUGUGACGAGGUUGGUGGUUAAGUACACCACGUUAUUUCAAGGAUGAAUGACAGCCAUUAGCGCUAAGCUUAUGGUUCGACACCUUUUUUCCCAGCAGGCAUCAGUAUCUGAUGAAUGACUGAGAAUGGCCUUGACUUUUCACUGCUUUGGUCUUACAUGUAUGACUGUAUGUAUAGCAAUGCAAGCUUUCCCCCUUCCAUUCACCCAAAACUGGUCUUACUGCAGAGCUUUGAGGACAACUUGAAUGUUUCUUCUUGUUUUGUUUGUUUUUCACAGUUUCACACACACACACACACACACACACACACACAGUACUUAUUCAUAUAGAUAAGUAGGCUAACUGUGACCUAACUGAUAGCCGGUAGGUAGGUAGGUGCUGUUAGUAGAAAACAUAGACAGUAGAUUAUUGCAUGGCAUUUUUAUCUGAAUGAGAAUUUCCACUUGUUUCUCGACUACCACUUGCUUCAUCACACCACUGUAUAUUUGUCUGUACACUGCCUUCUAUACAAAUCCACACUUCUAAAAGGAUGCUUGCAGGUAGCUGUUACAAGAUCCUAAAGCUGUAUGUUAGACGACUUCUUAAGGAAUAAUUAUAAGGCCAAAUCCUACACUUAACAGGAUGCGGUGUCCUUAUCAAUAUUAACAUUCCAUGUAGAAGUCAUUGCAGAUAAAACUUUUGCCAGGUCACUGUAAACGUACCGCAGCUGAGCUGUGACUUCAGGCGUAAACUCACACUCUAGUUUUGGACAUUAAUCCCAGUUGCAGAUGUGAUAGACUUGCAGUGCUGUCUUUUUCACAGGUUUGUCACAUGAUCACGUCCUCAUGAUCAAAAUAGCAACUUUUAAGGACUCGUGUAUAGAAUAAUGCUUCCCCCUGAACUGCCUUUUAUCUGGGUUUACGCUACUCUCCUAGUGUUGCAUGACCUCAAAAACAUUCCUAGAAGCAUGCAUUUAAACUCAAAAGAAGAAUCCUCUGAGACAAAAAAGUCUAAUUAUUACAAUAGAUAUAUUUAUUUCUUAUAUAUAUAUAUAUAAAUAUAUGUAUAUGGACAGUGCACAUAUACAGUACACAUACUUUUACCAGAGAAUUAAAACACUUUAAAUAGCAAUGUUUAAGAGAAAGUGAGAGCCUUUCCAGAAUGCGCAGAUCAUUGCCAUGUUUUUAUUUUUAAUGACAAUAAUAAUUGUUCUGAGCACUGUUUCUAUGUUCUCCAGUUUCAGAGCCUGUUCAGAGUGCCAAAGACACACUCUUACUAGCCUUUUCAAAAGCAUUGUCUUUACUGGUGAGUUUUCCAGCAAACCUCACGCACAUCCUGGAUUUAAACACAAAAUAGUUUGCUUCACUUAGUUCAAAACUGCCUUCUGUGAAGUAGUUGUUGAAAGGCAGUGCAUUGUUCAAAACUGUAUCAUCCCUAACCAGAAUCUUAUAUCAGGAAACUCUUUAUUGGCGUUAAAUUGUUCAGAAUUUAAAUGGAGUCUGGCUGUCCUCUGAGAAGUCUUUGAUGCCAGAAGCUCAAUCUGUCUUUAAAAGUUGGCAUCAAAUGUGAAUUAGGUUCUGAUUCUAGGAUUGUGUCCAGCGUUCGCUCAACACUGCCAAGGUAACAGUCAAAGGCAGUAAUGUCAAUAUGGGAAGUGAUAAUUAGCAGCAGUGUAGCAGAUAUUGGCUAACCUAGGGGUCCUCUGACUUCACUCCUGAGUCUCAUGCCUUUCUUCAUCUUUUCACUGAUGUCUUAGGUAAUUAGAAAGGUGAUGGAUUAGGUCUGUAGCAAGAAGUGUCUAAAUGAAUUCAGUCAUGCCAGGAUGUACAUCUUUAUUCUUAGGGUUUUACUCUGCUCACUACAGUCUUUAACCUGCAGUAGCAAAAUGUUUUUACGCCAUCGCUGCCAAUAUGUGCUCAGGAUGCCUCGCCCAACUGCCUGACAUGAGGCUUCUGAAGUCGUCUCUCUGUCCCGAUCCAUGUCUGCUUUCAUGUAUCUUGAAAGAAUUUUUAGAGAAUUUAGCAAAUACACUUAAGCAGUUAUGUUUGUUCCUUGCCCAAGAGUAGCAUAAAGGUGGAUUGAGAUGUUAAAAUGGUCAGUAACUUGAAGCAGGACCAGAUUAAAUAGUUGUUUAGCAAUAUUGCCAUAAUUUUGUGGAGGGGUCUCUGUGGAGAACAUAGAUGUUUAAAAAAGAAUCAACCUUUAUGGACCUCCACAGUCCAACCAAGAUCUUAUUGAUCAUCAGUUGAGUAUUGAUGUGGGUGUUGAUGCACAGCUAUGUAGGAGUUGUGCAUGCGUGUGUGUGUGUGUGUGUGUGUGUGAGAGAGAGAGAGAAAGAGAGAGAACCACUGAAUGUCAGUGUCUUAGCCUGGUUGUACAGCUGCAUUUAUGCAACAGCUAUUUGCAUAUAUGUAUAUCUGGGGGGGGGGACACUCACAGUCUGACCAAAAAUAUUUGUCUGUGCAUGCAAAUGCAUUGUAUCAUAUUGUCUUCAUUACAUUGUUUGGGACAGAUAUUUAGGAUAAAUGUUAAAGACACUUGCAACAUUUAUCUGUUAUGUAAAUUGGGCACGUUUUUGUACCUCAGCCAAAUUCACUGUAGCAACUCGUAUACUGGAGUUCACAAUGUGACAGUUAUUUCUGCUUAAAGCACAAAGACGAGUAGAAUCAUCCUCAUCUGUACACCUGCAGAUAUAAUCUGUAAUAUGUUUGUAUUCAGUGGAAACAAAGUCAAUUAAAAUGAUCUUGUAUUGCUUUAUAAGGAGCACCACAGCCUCUAAGAAUAUCAUCUCUGACCCGCUGAGGGACCCACCAGCAAAUCCACUCCAUGAGAAGGGUGCCCAACAGUGCAUAUACUGAGAAAUCUAUGCAGAGAAUGAUUAUCACCUGGUAGUUGAGAGGGUUUAAGUACAGAAUUUUUGUGUUUUAUUCCGGCACCACUUACUUAUGUUGAGAGCUGGCAGUGCAUUUGAAACGAACCUUUAGGCAGAAGAGACACACUUUGCAAUAUUUUGCUGCUGUACGUCAAACACUCACACGUUAGCUGAAUGUGAAUAUGAGCUUUCUGAGCUUUGGGGUUUGUUUAAACUGCGAUGUCAGCUCUUUGAGACAAGGCUCCUACAUAAAAAAACCUCAUACAUACGGGAAACAAGAUGAUCAAUAUGCAAUAUGUAUGCAUGUGUGUGUUUGAGAACGAACGUUUUCAUUUCGUUUGACCCCUGAGCCUGAUAGUGUGGCAUCCGCUGAGACAAUAUGUACAGUUGUUCACCCCCCAUCCUCCCCCAUAUCAUAGAGGCCUGAAAAAAUCCAUCAAUGUUGGUACAGUGGAUAAUGGAUUUUCUUUCUAUGAAAUGAAAUGUGACUGACUAAUGUAUAUAAUAACCAAUGGAUGAUGGAGCAAGAACCAUGUACUAUAUACUGUAUGUGAAGUCUGGAUUUAAAACGUAGUAUUAUCUGCACUUUACAAGUCAAAAAGGACAAUCUGUGAAAAAUAUGUGAAAUUAAAAAUGCAUAUAAUCCUUCCAAAUGAUCAUAACCCUGACAAAGUAGUAUCAAUAAUGAAGCCAAUAAUAAUUCAA